AUGCGGGAAAACGAGCAGACGAAGCUAUCUGAUGUUGAAUGGCUACCGUCGCCCAUGGCCUUUAGAGAAAUGAUGUCUACACUCGACCUCAUAAAGAAGGUCAUUCCACACGUCUUCAUCGUUGAACCAAAUUGCCAGAAUUGUAAAAUAUUAACACGUUUAAUAAAGCAUGGAUACGCAGAAAGAGCCCGUGAGCUUUCUAUAGUAAAUGAUGCAUAUUUCCUUGGAGUUAAGAGCUACGCAGGCUUUAUUACGGUCAAGCCACAACAUAAUUCCAACCUUUUCUUCUGGUUCUUCCCAAAAGCUAGCCUGCCAACCGAAUCUGUUCCUUGGAUUAUUUGGCUUCAAGGUGGUCCAGGGUUCUCUUCAAUGAAAGGUUUAUUCGAUCUUAUUGGGCCGUUUCAGAUCGUAGACGGUAGAGUCACACCUAGAAACGUAACAUGGGCAAAAGAUUAUUCGUUACUGUUCUUGGACAACCCAGUGGGGGCAGGAUUCAGUUUUACUGAUGAUGAUCGUGGUUAUACUAAUAAUGAGGAUGAUGUUGGCAAGCAAAUGUACGAGUUUUUGCAGCAAUUCCUGCAAAUGUUCCCAGAGUUGCGACAAACACCAUUAUUCAUAGCUGGCGAAUCCUAUGCCGGAAAAUACGUUCCAGCAUUAGGCAUACAAAUUCAUCGACAAAGGAAUAUCGAUCCUAUUAACUUAAAGGGCAUAAUAAUCGGUAACGGUUUGAUCGAUCCGCGAUCUAUGAUGCAUUAUAGCGAUCUUUGCAGAGCUUUAGGGAUUAUAAGCGAUGAGAAGAUUCAUAUGAUACAGCAAAUGGAAAAGGAUAUCGUUUAUUUGAUCGACACGAAAGAUAUGAUCAACGCUGCAAAUCUAUUUAACGCUACGAUAGAAAUGAUAAAAAAAGAAAGCGGAGUCAGCGUGUAUAAUAUUGAGAAAAACCCAGAUAAUUCUGCGCCAUAUUUCGAAAGAUUUCUAUCCAAUCCCAAAGUAAGGGAGUUGAUCCAUGUUGGCAAUGCGAGUUUCAAUUUUAACAAUCAAGUGGUCUAUGAGAAAAUGUUGCCAGAUAUUAUGAACUCAACAAAACCUUGGCUUGAGGAGUUGUUGGAGUAUUAUGCGGUUUUAUGCUAUAAUGGUCAACUGGAUGUGAUCCUUGCCUACAGUUUAUCGAAGCACACUUACUCCUUAUUAGAUUGGUCGCGUCGCUUAGAGUAUGACAGAGCACCGCGGCGUCAAAUACGCAAGACAAUUAAUGACGCUGUUAUUGGGUAUAAGAAAAGCGGCGGUAACUUCGUCGAGGUGCUGAUUCGUAACGCAGGACAUGCUACAAUGGUCGAACAACCGGAGGCUACGAAGUUCAUAAUCAAUAAUUUUAUUGACGAAUUCAAAUAAUCAAGGUCCAUUCUAAUUUGCAACUCAAUUUUUUGUCGAAUUACAAUUAUUUACGCUCUAAGAAAAUUGAUAGCAUUUCUCUCGUCAUAUCAAUUUAGAAAUUCUGUAAAAAAAAAUUUCGCUCUUAAAAUAAUGAAAAAAUAUUUAAUAAGGGGCAUAUCAACCUAUUAGCUUUAACAUGCUAUAACAAAAUAGCGAGUCAUAGCUGUCACUUAACUUAGCCACGCCCCUUUUGAGCAAUUCAGUAAUAUUCAAUUAGAACCCCGUGUUCAAAUUGACAAAUUGAAGUACGUCAUUCAAACCGGACUAUAACAAACUUUUUGGAUUAUUUCGAAAUAAACUUUCAUAAAUAAAUCAGAUUUAUUUCAAGUUUCAAUCUAUGAAUAGUAAAACAUUGCCGAAAUAAAAGACGUAUUUGAUUUUUUUAUAAUUUUUUUGUAUAAUAAAUGUAAAAAAUUAAACAACUUUUCAUACAAUAUUUUAAGAAUAACGUUCUGUUAUCAUAUAAAUAAAAUAAUAACUAUAGCGAUAUAGAAAAUCACGAAUUUUUCUUGCA